UUAGACUAGUUUACAAAACAUCCGCCGAGUUACCAAAAGUGAAAGUCGAAAACAGUUUUUGGAAAUUCCUAUGAAAAGAACUUUAGUAGGUCAACAUGAGUAAGACAUUCACAAGUAAACCAGCUGUUGUCAGAAAUCGAAACCCAAAAAAUCGAAAUCAAGAAGUAGGCACUGGAACAAUACCAAAAACAAAUGUAAACAGAGGCAGAGGUGCAAUGGCAACCGGAGGAGGAAAUUUAUCAACAGGAGCAGGCAGGGGAUCACUUACAAGAAAUUCUGAUGCAGAAAAUGUGCAACCUCAAGAACAACCACUUGACCAGAGAAUGUCAAAGUAUGUUGUUGAAUUCAGGGUUGUUAUACAAUGAUAUCACCAAAUGAGAAAAAAAGACAAGAAAUUCAGAGACAGGCAGAUCAGGAAACAGCAAACUAUCAACAAUACAAGGAACAGAAGAAAGUUGGGCCUCUGAGUUAUGUUGGAACUGCAGGUGGAGGAAAUAUAACUCAGCAGCAGGCAAGGAACAAAUUGAUUCAGGACAACAAAAAUCCAAGUAUGCGACAACGAGAGAGAAGAGAAGGAUACCGAGCACAGCAGAAGAAAAGGGAAGAAGAAGAAAUAGAACAGAAACGGAACAAACAAAGAGAAUUAGCAGACAAGAAUAAAUUAAGAUCACAUCAGACAGAUGCAGAGAAGAAAAAUAAAUGGGAUGAAGACAGAAGAAGAAAAACUGAUGAUUUUUUAAGUCGAUUGGAAAGGAAGCCAAAUGACAGACAACAUGGUUCAGGCAAUACAGAAUUCAAACCAAGAGGUUCAGAUACCGUUUCAUCUACACCUAUUGCACCAGUUCAACCUGUCUUUGAAGUUGAUACACCAAAUUAUGCAAGUGGUGUCCAUGCAUGUAGUGAUACCAACAUACCUGUUUCAAAUGACCUGGACACUUUACAUAGUUUGUUCCCACAAUAUGAUAUUGCUACUUUACAAGAUUUUCUUCAACAUAAUUCAUUGGAAAGUGCUAUUGAUUUUAUAACCUCGCAGAAGUAGUAAAUCUUGUGAAGAAACGUUAAGAGUCUAUUAACAUGUUAACUAUUGCGGCAACAGUGCUUAUUACAUGUAUUAUAGAUGAUUUUAUAAAGAAUGAAGAAAAUAUUCUGGUGUAGUAAAAAUCAUUUAUAUAUUAAUUCAAACGGUCCCUCUUUUUUUUCAUUGUGAGGCAAAAAUGAAAAUCUUUUGCAUCAGUUAUUUCUUCUUCCUCGGAUUUUAUUGCUUGCUUUUAUAUGUGCAACUUUACAAUAGACAUAUAUGCAAGAUGAGUUAACAUGAAACUAUGCAUCUGUUUUAUAAAAAAGUAUUAACAAAAAUACCGGACACCAAAGUAAAUUCAAAAAGGGGGAAAUCCAUACAACAUCAAACGUGAGACUCUAUAAACCAACAUUUCCCUACGAAGGUAGGUGAUUCUCUCCGAGUACUCCUUUUUCCUAGACCAAUAAAAACUGACCGCCAUGGAAUAGCACAAUAGUGUUGAAAGUGGUGUUUAACACAACUCAAUCAAUCAAUCAAUCUAUAAACCAAUGGAACAAAUGGUAAACAACGUCAUAUUCCUGUUAAUUUUUGUAAAAAUUAACUGCAAGUUUGAUGAAAAAUGAUAGCCAUAUUGUGUACUCUUAUCCAACACCACUGUGAUGUGGAUAGUAAUAACGUCAAGUCUAAGAUGUCACAUUAAAUUAAUUCUUAUCUUUUGACACAGACAACUCUUACAACACUCUUCAUAUACAUGCUAUCAAGGUGUUUAUGUAUUUAUGAGUAGGACAAUCAUAUUUUUUAUACGACCGCAAAAAAUUUUUGCGGUCGUAUAUUGGUAUGACGUUGGCGUCGUCGUCGUCGUCGUCCGAAGACACAUUGGUUUUCGCACUCUAACUUUAGUUUAAGUGAAUGGAUCUCUAUGAAAUUUUACCAUAAGGUUCAAUACCACAAAAGGAAGGUUGGGAUUGAUUUUGGGGGUUAUGGUACCAACAGUUAAGGAAUUAGGGGCCAAAUAUAAGCAUUUUUGUAACUUCCAGACACAACUUGUGUGUUAGUGAAUGGAUCUCUCUGACAUUGUACCACAAGGUUCCAUAUCACACAGGGAAUGCUGGGAUUGAUUUUGGGGGUAAUUGCCUCAAAAUAUUAGGAAUUAGGGGCCAAAAAAGGGGCAAAAAAUAAGCGUUUUUCUAGUUUCAUGACAAUAACUUGUGUGUAAGUGUAUGGAUCUUUAUGAAAUUGUACUACAAGGUUUCAUAUUACAAAGGGAAAGCUGGGUUUGAGUUUGUGGGUAAUUGCCUCAAACGUUUAGGAAAUUGGGGCAUAAAAGGGGCCAAAAAUAAGCAUUUUUCUAGUUUCCAGACAAUAACUUGUGUUCAAGUGUAUGGAUCUCUCUGAAAUUGUACUGCAAGGUACCAUACCACAAAGGGAAGGCUGGGAUUGAUUUAAGGGGUAAUUGCUUCAAAAUUUUAGGGAUUAGCGGCCAAAAAAGGGGCAAAAAAAAAAGCAUUUUUCUAGUUUCAUGACAAUAACUUGUGUGUAAGUGUAUGGAUCUUUAUGAAAUUGUACUACAAGGUUUCAUAUUACAAAGGGAAAGCUGGGUUUGAGUUUGGGGGUAAUUGCCCCAAACGUUUAGGAAUUUGGGGCAAAAAAGGGGCAAAAAAUAAGCAUUUUUCUAGUUUCCAGACAAUAACUUGUGUUCAAGUGUAUGGAUCUCUCUGAAAUUGUACUGCAAGGUACCAUACCACAAAGGGAAGGCUGGGAUUGAUCUUGGGGGUAAUUGCUUCAAAUUUUAGGAAUUAGGGGGCAAAAAAAGGGACAAAAAACAAGCAUUUUUCUAGUUUCAGGACAAUAACUUGUGUGUAAGUGUAUGGAUCUUUCUGAAAUUGUACUAUAAGGUUCCAUAUCACAAAGGGAAAGCUGGGUUUGAGUUUGGGGGUAAUUGCCCUAAACGUGUAGUAAUUUGGGGCCAAAAAGGCGCCAAAAAAAAAGCAUUUUUCUAGUUUCCAGACAAUAUCUGAAAUUGUACUGCAGAUACCAUACCACAAAGGAAGGCUGGGAUUGAGUUUGAGGGUGAUGAAUCAUAAGGGGGUUCAAAAAAUUUGGGGUGGGGGGGGGGGGGUUUCUUUAAAAUUGUCCAUUUUAAUUUGGUUAUUUCGGAUUAAUAUAUAAAAGCAAAUAAUAUAGAUCUGGUUUGAAUAGGUAAAUUAAAAGUUUUUAAGUUCUUAGACCACAUUCAUUCUGUGUCAGAAACCUGUGAUGUGUCAAAUAUUUAAUCACAAUCCAAAUUCAGUGCUGUAUCAAGCUUGAAUGUUGUGUCCAUACUUGCCCCAACUGUUCAGGGUUCGACCUCUGCGGUCGUAUCAAGCUGCGCUCAGCGGAGCAUUGUAUUAAUAUAUAAAUAAGGAGGUGUGGUAUGAUUGCCAAUGAGACAACUAUCCACCAAAGUUCAAAUGAAGUGGAUGUGAGCACCUAUAGGUGACCAUACGGCCUUUAACAAUGAGAAAAAUCCAUAGCUUAUAGUCGGCUCAAAAAGGACCAGACAUGAAAAAUAUGAAACGAUUCAAUUGAGAAAACUAAAGGCCUAAUUUAGAACAAAAAAUUUACGAAAAACAAAAAUGACAGACAUUAACCAACAACAACCACCGAACAACAGGCUCCUAACUCGAUACAGGCACUUACAGAAAGUCAAAUUUUGAAAUAUUUUAUUGCCUAAAUAGGAUUGUAUACAAGUUAUAACAAUUUUAAAACAGAGUUCUGUCCAAAUAAUUAUUACAUACAAAAAUCCAAGAUGACAGCAAAAAUAUGUAAACACAAUAAGAAAAACUUAACAGUAAAUGAAUUAUGCAUUAACUAUAUGUGUUAUUCAGGAAAGAAACAGACUUGGAUACAAGUAUAUUUCACAAUGCAAAAAUUAUAAUCAUAGCAUUGUUUUGUAUGGCUUAUAAAAUAUGUAUAUUUAUGAAAAAAGAUUAUGUUAGUGUUUACAACCUAAAUACUCGUAUGUUAUAGAGAAAUAACAAAAUAUAAAAAGUGGAUAAUAUCUUUCAAUGCACAGCCCUAAGCCCAACUUUUUUUUCAAAUAAGCUCUAUAUAAAUCAGAUUUAUUUUGGGAAGUACAUCUGUUUCUUUGUGAGUAAAAUAUUUUCCAUAAUGUGAUAUUUAAAUUAUAAAGUCACUUUUGUCUUAAUUUAGAGAUGACUGAAUUAAUCUUAAAUAUACUGCCACUGAACACCUUGCGUGAAUUGUAGAGGAAAGAUAUGAUUUAAAAAUAGGUUUCCAAUGGACAUAAAAGGAGUUGAUAGUAUUAUGAUAAUUCAGUCUAAUUAAAUUAGAUCUUUCAGGUUGCUCUGUAGUAGAUUUAAUCAUAAAAGUAUACCAAAUCAUAUGAAUUUGGAGACACUAUCGUUAAUUUAUUAUGAAUCUGAACCUUUAAUGAAACUUGAUUUUUAGCUCAAAAAUGUUAGCUGAAGAGAUAUAUUAUUCCCCUCCAUGAUUUUUUGAUAUUGACGAAAUUUUAGCUUAGAAAUUGUUUGCGUGUAGUUUAUAUGCUGCAGUCACAUACCCUGAUGAAUAAACAACGAAUUCAGAAAUCUUAUUUGAAAUAAUUAUUUUUUUUAGAUUCAUAGAACCCAAAAAAGCUGUUAUAUAGAUUUUACUAAAUGUACAAUAUAUUCAUAGUAACAAGUUUGAAUGACACAUACAUCCCAAUUGUAUCUAAUAAUUUAUAUAUAUAAAGAAAUAAUUUCUGUAAUAAUACUAUGGGAUACUCAUACAAGAUGCAGUUUUGGAAAAUAAAACAAAAGGAAGAGCCAAAUAAAAAAAACUCAUAAAAAGUAAUCCAAAUGGAUGGGAUGUCAUGUCCUAGGUCAGAAAUUCUGUGAAAAGUAUUGAACAGACAACACAUAUUUUAAUUAAAAAACUUUAAAAUUAAAGUUUACAAAGUUGUGAAAUUAAACUUUAAUAUUUUUUUUGUUGAUUAAGAAUUUCAUCUCAUGGUUUAUUUUCUUUGUUACAAUAAUUAAGUUAUUGUUAUGUUUAGAAGUAUAAUUUAGUUUUGAAAUAUGAUGUAAACAAUAUUUGUUACUACUUUUUUUAAUCAGUAUAUAUAUAUGGCUGAAUUUAUUAAAACUGAAAUAAAUUUGAAAUUAUUGCACA